AUGCUGAAUCGUGCAUUACGAGUGAUGGAUGGCGAAGUGAUCACACUAAUGGGCUUUUUUAUCAGUGAUCUCCAUCGACACGUUGAACUACUGCACAGGCAGCAGUUUGGAGACGUCCCUAGUGCUGAAAGCUUCACAGUUUAUCGUGCUCAAAGUUUGGCAAGAAAAGAUUUUGAUGAAUUGGUAGCAUCCAAAGGUGGAUUGUUGUCAUUCAAUAACUUCUUGUCUACUAGUAGGCAACGCAAGGUCUCCCUCUUUUAUCUUUCAGAAAAUCAAAAGAACAGUGGCGUUGUAAAUGUUCUUUUUGUAAUGGAAAUUGAUCCUAAACAAACACUGGCAACAUUCGCUUCCGUUCAAUCCAUCAGUCAAUAUCCGGAGGAAGAAGAAAUUCUCUUUUCGAUGCACAGCAUCUUUCGCAUAGAUAACAUCAAGGCAAUGGAAGAAAAUACAGAAGUGUAUUUAGUAAACCUAUCGUUGAGUAAUAGUGAUGAUGAAGAAUUGAGAGUACUUACUAAGCAAAUCCGAAAAGAAAACUGUUCACAUGAAAAAGGAUGGGAGCGACUAGGUGCUGUGCUCACCGAUAUAGGGCACUUAGGUAUUGCUGAACGAAUCUGUAAAUCACUAAUUAAUGAAAGAUCAUCUGCAGACGGUAUGGAAAAUUUUUAUAACCAACUUGGCGCGAUAAAAUGGCAUCAAGGACUAUCUGAAGAGGCUAUCACACUAUUUGAAAAAUCUCUUCAACUGGAACUACAAUCACUUCCUUCCAAUCAUCCUUCUGUCGCUACAUCCUACAACAACAUGGGUUUAGUGUAUUCUGACAUGGACGAAUAUUCAAAGGCACUAGCUUCAUAUGAAGAGGCUCUCAAAAUUAGACUACAAUCACUUCCUUCCAAUCAUCCAGAUGUAGCUUCAUCCUACAACAACAUCGGUGCAGUGUAUUCUCACAUGGGUGAAUAUUCAAAGGCACUAGUUUCAUAUGAAGAGGCUCUCAAAAUUAGACUACAAUCACUUCCUUCCAAUCAUCCACAUGUAGCUUCAUCCUACGGCAACAUUGGUAAUGUGUAUUCUGACAUGGGCGAAUAUUCAAAGGCACUAGUUUCAUAUGAAGAGGCCCUCAAAAUUAAACUACAAUCACUUCCUUCCAAUCAUCCAGAUGUAGCUUCAUCCUACAACAACAUCGGUAAUGUGUAUUAUCGAAUCGGUGAAUAUUCAAAGGCACUAAUUUCACAUGGAGAGGCCCUCAAAAUUAAACUACAAUCACUUCCUUCCAAUCAUCCUUCUGUAGCUUCAUCCUACAACAACAUCGGUUUGGUGUAUUCUCACAUGGGUGAAUAUUCAAAAGCCUAUUUAUUUUACAAAGACGCUCUUCAAAUUGGGCAGCAAGUACUAUCAGUAACACAUCCUCAUUUUCAAGUGUAUAAAAGAAACUUUGAGUUAGUGCAACAAAAACUGUAA